CGCCAGUUUAGCCGUGGACGCACUGGGCGACGGUUCGCGCCCCGUGUUCCUUCGGAUACAGACGUUAUGCCGUCGCGACAGUGCUGCGACCGACGAUGACGGGCCCCACAUCGGUGAUGUGCGCGAUCCUUUUCGGGACCGUGUUCGGUGUGUUAUCGGCGUCUCUAAGUAAAGCGUUAAGGUAUGAGGCCCCCGAUGAUUGUAAAAGUUACGUGGAGGGUCGCGAAGCACCCGACGCCGUCGCGCUUGUCUGUCGUGUUCGAACCAUCAACAGUGAACUAGACAAGACCAACUUUAGUAUAAUACAAUCGCAGCAUACUGUGAGGUUAAGACUUGAAUGCGACGACCUCUUCUACCAAAGCUCUUUGGCCGCGGGGAGUUUUGCGAACCUCGUCGAACUUCGCGACCUUUCCAUAGAAUACUGCAAGAUCGGAAAUCUCUCCGAAGGCGCCUUCCGGGGUCUGAAACAACUCCGGAACCUAACCGUUAAAACCCAUAACAUCGAUUGGUCGGCGAUGACCCUAAAAGUUUCGUCGAAUAUUUUUACCGAUGAACUUCGAAUGUUGGAACGCCUCGAUCUUGGAGAAAAUAAUAUUUGGAGUCUUCCCGAAGGAAUUUUUUGUCCUUUGUAUUCCUUGGAAUUCCUCAAUCUCACUCAUAACCGUAUCCGUGAAGUUUCCUCAUUCAAAUUCACCCAACACACCUCAGAAAAAUGUGGUGGAUCCAUUAAGAUCAUCGACCUCUCCAAGAAUAAAAUUGAUAAUCUUCCAUCCGGUCAACUUUCCGGAUUAUCAACGCUACAAAAAUUGUACCUCCAAGAAAAUGGGUUAUCCUACGUAGCCGAUCGUGCCUUAGAAGGUCUCUCGGCCUUAAAAAUUCUCAAACUCUCCAAUAAUCGCUUAGUUUCACUCCCGCCAGAAUUAUUUUCGGACACGCGGGAUAUUCACGAAUUAUAUCUCAAAAAUAAUUCCAUCAACGUCCUCGCCCCCGGACUUUUCAACGAACUCACUCAACUUCAAGUGUUGGACAUCUCGCAAAAUGAACUCACAUCCGAUUGGAUCAACACGCCAACAUUCGCGGGUUUAGUGCGUUUAGUGGUUUUAGAUUUAGCGUUUAAUCGAAUUCAAAAACUCGAAGCCUCAGUGUUCCGCGAAUUAUACAGCUUACAAAUCCUCCAGCUCAACGAUAAUUACAUCGACAGCAUUCCAGAUAAUACAUUCGCAGACUUAUACAACGUUCAUACACUCAACAUGUCCAAUAACCGGCUCACCCAAAUUAAAAGUGACACAUUUAACGGACUCUUUGUUCUAUCGUUUUUGGAUUUGGAAAAUAAUAAAAUCACGUCAAUCGAUCCCGAAGCUCUGCGUAACUCAAGCGAUUUAAAAACGUUACUUUUGAAUAAAAAUCAACUUCUUACUGUCCCCGAGGCGAUUUCGAAAGUUCCCAAAUUAAUUCAUUUGGAUUUAGGAAAGAAUCAUAUUAACACGUUAACGACGACGACUUUCGAGGAAAUGAAAUAUUUAACCGGAUUAAGGCUGACUGAUAACUAUAUUACGAACAUUACUAAAGGAAUUUUUGAUAAACUGCCGAAUUUAAAAGCUUUAAAUUUAGCUGCUAAUAAAAUUCACACGAUUGAAAUAGGUUCCUUUGACGCUAAUCAAAAUUUAGAAACGGUUCGUUUAGAUACGAAUUAUUUAAAAGAUUUCCGCGACUUAUUCUCGAAAUUACCCAACUUAAUCGGUUUAAAUGUUUCCGAUAACCAAUUAACAUGGUUUGAUUACGCUCAUAUCCCAACGAGCUUAAAAUUACUUGAUAUUCAAGCGAAUUACAUCCACGAGUUUGGGAAUUAUUUCGAUAUUGAUUCUUCGUUGUCGUUGAUUUAUUUCGAUGCGAGUUCGAAUUUGUUGAAAGAAAUAACCGGAAGUGCUAUUCCGGAUAGUGUACAAACGUUGAUUUUGAAUAAUAACAAAAUUACUAAAGUUCAAUCUUACACGUUUUUCAAAAAGCCGAAUUUAACUAAAGUAGAAUUCGCCGGAAACCAAAUUACAAGCCUCGAUCAAAAUUCUUUAAGAAUAACCGCGGUUCCGCCGGAAAAGGAUCUCCCGGAAUUUCGAAUCGACAAUAAUCCUUAUCAAUGCGAUUGUUCGAUGGAAUGGUUACAAAAAGUUAACGCAGGAAAUCGAGCUCGAACUCAACCGAAAUUGGUAAAUAUGGAAAACAUUUAUUGUCAACUCAUGUAUAAUCGUGGGAGGUCUUAUUUACCGCUGUUAGAAGUCGCACCUUACCAGUUUUUGUGUACCUAUGAAACUCAUUGUUUCUCUUUGUGUCACUGCUGCGACUUCGACGCUUGCGAUUGCGAAAUGAUAUGCCCGUAUAACUGCACCUGUUACCACGACCAAUUGUGGUCCGCAAACGUAGUCGAUUGCUCCUCAAGGGGUUACGUGGAAAGAUUACCAGACCAAAUUCCCAUGGACGCUACGCAAUUAUACUUGGACGGAAACGAUUUAAGAUCUUUGAAUAGCCACGCUUUAAUCGGAAGAAAAAAAUUGAAAAUCCUUUACUUGAACGAUUCGAAUAUCGAGACAAUCCAAAAUAGGACUUUUAAUGGGCUACGAGAAUUAGAAAUCUUACGAUUAGAUCGAAAUAAAUUAAACGAACUAAAAGGAUACGAAUUUGAAGGUUUAGAUGGAUUGAAAGAAAUUUACCUUCAACGUAAUCGAAUCGCAACAAUCUUAAACACAACGUUUACGCAUUUAAAACUAUUAAAAGUUCUCAAUUUAGAUCAUAAUAGGAUUGUUGAAUUUAGCGUAUGGAGUUUGCCCAUUAGCUUAUUAGAAAUCACAUUGUCGUCAAAUCCUUGGAGUUGUGAUUGCGAAUACACGGAAAAGUUAAGGGAAUGGAUGAUUCGUGGGGAUGCUGUCUUGGAUUUAAAUCAAGUUCGAUGCUUGUAUAACACAACAGACAUUGAUUUUUAUAGUGAAUCGACGUUUUCGGAUAAUUCGGAGCUUGGUUUUUACGUGUACAAGAACGAUUCGGUUUGUACCGGUGCUGCGAACAUCGAUAAUAGUGUUAACGGUAAUUUAACCGCGACAAAAACGAUUUUAAAACAACAAGUUAUGGAUUAUAUGCCACUUUUGGUUAUAACUUUAGUAAUUUUCGCCGUAGUUGUUAGUUUAAUUUUGUUCCUGUUUAUUUUCCGUCAAGAAUUGCGCGUGUGGUUCCAUUCGAAAUUCGGUGUGAGAUUAUUUCAACAUUCCACGGAUUUGGAAAGAGACGAUCGCGAUAAACUUUUCGAUGCGUUUAUUAGUUACAGUUCUAAAGAUGAAGCUUGGGUCGCGGAGGUGUUAGCCCCGGCUUUGGAGCCGAAUUAUAAACUUUGUUUGCACUACAGGGACUUUCCGGUCGGUGCUUUUUUGGCGGAUACAAUAGUGCAAGCUGUCGAGUCAUCACGAAGAACGAUAAUGAUUCUUUCCGAAAACUUUAUUAAAUCUGAAUGGUGUCGUUUUGAAUUUAAAUCGGCUCAUCAUCAAGUGUUGCGCGAUCGACGUCGAAGGUUAAUAGUGGUUCUUUUGGGGGAGGUUCCACAAAAAGAUUUAGAUCCCGAUAUAAGACUCUACUUAAAAACAAACGUGUAUUUACAAUGGGGUGAGAAACUGUUCUGGGAAAAAUUGCGAUACGCACUACCCGAUAUACAAAGGAGGAGGGGCUCGUCGAGGGGUCCUCACGUGCAUCAUCACGUUCAUAGGCAUCCAACAACACCGAGGGCUCAAGGAGGUGGUAACACAACCGGUAACGCAAAUCCGCAGAGAACGGUCGCUAUCCAUAUAUGAAAAUUGUGAUAUACACAAAAGUGCAAUUUGUAGUAGAUGAAAAUUGUGAUAUUUCGGGGUGAGGACAGAAACAAUUUUAGUGUAAAUAGUGUGAAUGUGGUCGCAACCCCUUCUUCGAUCAUGUAAAUACAAAGAACUAAAAAAUGAAAUAAAAUUUCGAUGUCUUUAACGCUCCUCCUGUAAAUAAUUUAUACAUAUAUUUUUAUAGCAAUAUUUAUUCAAUUUGAAUCCUUUUUGGACAUAUCGAGUCUGAACGAAACUUUGUAUAUUUUUAAAAUAAAGUCUGGAUUUAUAUUAAA